AUGUUGCGGCAAUCCCUUCGAUUUAAGCGAGCCGUAAGGCAUGCCUCGCAUCUCCCCAACACCGCUAACCGAAGCAACACAAUCAAUUUCAAGACUCUUCCCACCGCUACCACCACAAGACCCCCGCUCAGAAAAGAGAAACCCACCAUCAACGAAGUAGGAAUCCAGUAUCUUUCGCGGCAUUUGAAACAUCAAAUAUACCCUUCUGACACUAAUACCAAAACUUCAAAACCUUUGUCAGUGUACGACAAGAUCAAAAUCAACUUAUCCCAGCAAUACUUGGACAAAUUCAACCUUCUAAAUAAGAAAACCAACAUAACCGACCCCAUCACUUUAGACCUCCCGAAACUUCAUGGGAAAACAUUGAAUGAACAUUUCAUACGACUAGCCCUUAAUGAUGUCUCGCCAUAUUUAAACUUUGCGGGAAUGCUCUCAUCGAUUGACUUGCCUGCCAGACCAAAAAAUUGGCUAUUGAAACCUGGAUGGUACCGUUACGACCCCAAUUCGCCAGAACCGGUCAAAGUCGACUACCCAUUGGAAGAUGCGUUGGUAUUUGACGUGGAAACAAUGUAUAAAGUUAGUCCGUAUCCAGUACUUGCUACCUGUGCAUCCCCAGUGGCCUGGUACGGCUGGGUAUCACCGUAUCUCACCGGUGAUGACCCCCAUGAUAAUCAUCUUAUCCCCAUGAACACGAUCGACAGAGUGAGGUUGAUAAUUGGUCACAACGUUGCUUACGACAGAGCGAGAAUCAAAGAGGAGUAUAGUUUUAAGAAAACUGAGGCUUUCUACUUGGAUACCCUAUCAUUGCACGCCGCGGUCACCGGGAUUUGCUCACGCCAGCGGCCAGUAUGGCUGAAAUACAAAGAGAAUUCCCGGAUCGAAAAGGGAAUGACCAAAGAGAUUGGCAAGUUGUUGGACGAGAAAAACUUCAUCGAUCAUCUUGUCAAUGAUCAAUUAUCAAUGUUGGGGAAUGAGAAGUUGUUGGAGAAAUACGAUAGCGAUUAUGAAUUACUGGAUAACCCUUGGGCAUCAUUGACCAGUACCAAUUCAUUGGCCGACGUUGCAAAAUUACAUUGUGGGAUCACCAUGAGUAAAGUUGAUCGUGACUAUUUCAAGACGGAGGAUAAACAAGAGAUUAUUGAUAAUUUCCAGAAAUUGAUGAAUUAUUGUGCCACUGAUGUGGCGACCACCCAAGAAGUUUUCAAAGCGGUAUACCCAUUAUUCACUAAGCUUUGCCCUCAUCCAGUAUCCUUUAGCUCUUUAAGACACAUAAACACGGUUUUUUUGCCCACCACUUACAAAACGUGGGAAAAUUAUAUUCACAGUGCCGAAUCAUUAUAUCAAAAUAAUAAGGUCCAAAUCGAACAGGAUUUAGCGGUUUUAGCGUUGAAACUCGUGGAGAAAUUUAAACAGUCCCCAGAAGAAGUAUUAAAUGAUCCAUGGUAUUCUCAAUUGAAUUGGGAAAUCAAACCAAUCAAGAUGACCAAGUCAGGGGUGCCUUUCAAACGUCAAAAAUUGCCAGGAUUCCCAGAAUGGUACAAGAGUCUUUUCCCCAGCGCCACCGGACCAAUAAAGUUAACGAUCCGUACCAGACUCGUGCCAAUCUUGUUGAAGUUGAAAUGGGAAGGAUUACCCUUGAUGUGGACCGAGACUAAAGGAUGGUGUUUUAGAGUGGAAUCAAACAAAUUCACUUUGAUAAAUGAGUUGACAAGGAAAAACUACACGAGAAUCGACGAUUUCACCGAAGACCCAAAUUUCGAAGCGUUAACCAAGGACUACCAAUAUGUAUACUUCAAGAUCCCUCAUCCUAAUGGACCAAGUAAUCGAACCACCAGUUUGACCUCCAAGAGUUUUUUGAAACAUUACGAAAAGCAAGUGUUGACCUCGGAGUACGAAAUUGCCCAAAAAGUUUUGGAAUUGAACGCCUCUGCCAGUUAUUGGAUCUCCUCCAGAGAAAGAAUCAUGAGUCAGUUUGUGGUGUAUGAUGAAGGUAGUACUAGAGAAUCACUGCCAGAUUUCAAUUUACCAAUGUUGUCCAAAGGAGAAGGUGACGAUCCUAUUGGGAUUAUCAUUCCACAAAUUUUGCCAAUGGGGACGAUUACAAGAAGAGCGGUAGAAAAAACUUGGUUGACGGCAUCUAAUGUGAAAAAGAACCGGAUUGGGUCUGAGUUGAAAACGAAAAUCCAGGCGCCUGCUGGAUACUCUUUUGUCGGGGCCGAUGUUGAUAGUGAAGAACUUUGGAUUGCCAGUUUGUUAAGUGACUCGGUAUUCAAAAUCCAUGGGGGUAGUGCCAUUGGAUGGAUGACGUUGGAAGGUAACAAGUUGGAAAAAACCGAUUUACAUUCAAAAACCGCGGAAAUCUUGGGGAUUUCUAGAAAUGAGGCCAAGAUUUUCAAUUAUAGUAGAAUUUACGGAGCAGGUUUAAAACAUACCUCGACGUUAUUGAAGCAAUUCAACCCUAGCUUGAAUGAAAAACAAGUGAUAACCAUUUGCAACAAUUUAUUCGAUAGCACUAAGGGAAAGACUUAUAGAUUAAGCCCAAAAGAAAAGAAAACCUUAACAAAAUACGGUAUCAAUUUAAGCAAGAUUUGGUACGGGGGUUCCGAAUCGGUGUUGUUCAAUCGGUUGGAAAAUUUAGCAGAAACCAAAACCCCUAAGACCCCCGUGUUGAAAGCAGGGAUCACUGAGGCGUUGAAAAAAGAGAACUUAAAUGCAAACAGUUUUUUACCAUCGCGAAUCAAUUGGGCCAUCCAGUCUUCCGGGGUUGACUAUCUCCAUUUAUUGAUCACCUCGAUGGAGUAUUUGAUUAAACGGUACGCGGUCGAGGCGCGGUUGUGUAUUACGGUACACGAUGAAAUCCGAUACAUGGUGAAGGACGAAGACAAGUACAAGGCGGCAUUAUUGUUGCAGAUCGCCAAUGUUUGGACAAGAGGAAUCUUUUGUGAGCAAUUGGGGAUCAGUGACAUUCCCCAGUCGUGCGCGUUUUUCUCCCAGGUGGAUAUCGACAAGAUUUUGAGAAAAGAGGUGGAUACUCCGUGUGAGACCCCUUCGAACCAAGGAGUGGUGGUCCCUGACGGGGAGACUUUGGAUAUCAAUGGACUUCUUGCAAAGUUGGGACAGGAUCCAAAUACUAAAAAAGUUGAUUGGUUGGACGAAGGGUCGACCAUCAAUUUGAAUAAAUUCAAAGUGGAUAAAGUAUUGGAGAAAUUAAAGGAUACUCUGGUUAGCGUUUCCGGAAAUAGCAGUGGUAAUUUGUUGAGUAAUGAGCAAGAGAAGAUGUUUAUCAAUUUACAAAUUGAACAGGAUACCAGUAAAGUGAAAACAUAUAUGAGAAAGUUGACGGCACCACAAAUCCAGCGUCGGUAG